AUGAGCAGCUCCGCGAGCUCCACCGAAUCCGACGCUGCGUCGCAGCAGCCGGAAGUUCUCGGCAGAAGUCGGGAGGGGAUGAUUGCCGAGUCGAUGAAAAAUGGCGAAGACAUUCAGAAACAGUUUCCAUCAGUAGAUUUCAAAGGGGCGGUUAUAGAACCCACUGUCAAUUUGACGUUUGACAUCCAGCAACAUGUCGAUGAGGCAAAUCAGCGAAGAUACAACACCUUAAUGGCCGAGAUGCUCAAGAACACCGCUGAUCCUGCUUUUGCGGAGAGACUAUUAUGGGAAGCAAGGAGUUGUCUUCGGAACUACCCCGAGGUGCUGGGGCAGUUUGAUUCCAUCUUCAUCACUUAA